CUUGGCAGAAGUGUUGUUACUUACCUACCUAAAUAGGUAGGUACGUAGGUACCUGGACCCUGAGUUAAGGUACUGUAAGUACCUUUAGUAAAUAAUGGAUCCAUACCUAUCCGUACUGUUAGGUGAAUACGGAUUACCUCUACUCUGUGCCAGAUGGCAAGUGCCCAUCAUCCAAUCAACGUCAUUGCUCCUUCUCAUGACAUCUGUCCUCCGCCUCACUUUUGGCUGCCUGGAGCAGCCCUAUCUGCUUCUGCCUUUGCAGGACUUCGGUCCAACUUUCUAUUUCCGUGCGCGUCAUUUUCCUUGACCAGACUUGGUUUUCAGAGUACCGCUAUUCAAAUCCUGAGCACACUGCAGAUCCUGAGCACACUAGCGGCGCGUCCUAGACCGCGAUUAAUCACGAUGCGACUCGACUUUCUCUACCCCGCGCUCUGCCUCCUAACCGCCCUUCAGUUUGCUGGCCCAUCGCUGGCAGCGAAAGCGAAGCCCAAGGAUGCCAUUCUCCUGUCCGAUGUCCAAUCCCUCACCCUCCGCGCCGACCGCAAGACCACGCACCGCCGCGUGACCGCGAUCCCCCAGCUAAAAUGCAUAUCCGGACGGGCGCUGUGCUCGCUGCACAAGAUCGAGACAAUGCAAUGCACCAACCAGGGCUCGGGCUACGACCGGGAGGACGUCCAGUGGGCCUGCACCGCCUCGCUCCCGCCCACCCUCAAGCUCGGCAGCACCGAUGUCAUCUGCGAGGGCUACUCGUCCGCCGACGACCCCUACGUCCUCAAGGGCAGCUGCGGCGUCGAGUACCGCGUCGUCCUGACCGACGAGGGCGAGAGGCGCCACCCGGACGUCCGCGCCGGUGACGGCGGGACCGACUGGUCUGCGUACCUCUUUGGCGUGAUCUUCUUCGCCGUGGUCGUCUGGAUCGUGUGGAGCGCCUGUAUGGCCGACGGAAACGGGCCGCGACCGGUGGCGCCGCGGAGGCGAGGGAAUGGAGGCUUCUGGGGCGGCGGUGGUGGAGGAGGAGGAUGGGGCCCCGGAUGGGGAGGAGGAGGCGGUGGUGGUGGUUGGAACGAUCCUCCGCCGCCUUACUCGGGACCCAAGCCGGCGGGCGAGCAAGGCUGGAGACCGGGCUUCUGGAGCGGAUUGGCUGGUGGCGCUACGGCAGGGUAUAUGGCUGGGAACAGAGCCAAUAGGCCAACUAACAAUCGGCAAGGAGCUGGUUGGGGAGACAACUACGGGGACCGAGACUAUGGGAGUGGAUGGGGCGGUGGUUCCUUCAGGCAAGGCUCGUCCAGCUCAAGUUCCGGCUCGAACGCCCGGCAUGAGAGUACCGGGUUUGGGUCCACAACCCGGAGAUGAGUGAGAGAUCAGAACGGUCGCACCGGAAUAUACACUGGAAUAGAGAUAAGAGUCCCUCGGCUCCGAGCUUUCGUACUCUUACAUAUAAUGACCUUGUUGUACUGGCGCUUGUUUGUACAGUACAUGAAUACGAAUGGGU